AUGAUAAAUAGAUGUUUAAGACUACCGAGAUGUAAUUUACAAAGAAGAUCAUAUUCAGAUGUGCUAAAGAAGCCAAAUAGAUUUGCUGAACAAUUUAAAAACAAAGGGAACGAAGGAUCAAAUAGAUUUGCUGAUCAAUAUAAUACUAAUCAAAAACAACAACUGCUGAAAAAUUCUAGUAUACUGAAUCAAGCGCAAAAUCAAGGUCGGGAGAAUCAACUGGAAGUAGAUAAUUCACAAGACUCUACAAAUAGAUUUGCGAGACAGUUAGAAAAUUCUCCAAAAACUGCACAAAAUGAAAAUCAAAAUUUUACCCCAAGGCAAGAUCAAAAUGGACUGAAAGAUAAUCAAUUGAAGACGGAAAAGCCUACUAAUAGGUUUGCUAAACAAUAUGAGAUAUCGAAACAAAAUCAACGUGCAUUAAAUAAUCAAUCUAACGUCAAUAAAUCAGAAAAGCCUGCCAAUAGAUUUGCAGGACAGUAUGAUAAAUCUCCGAAACUAGAUUCAAAACAAACUCGAUUUGAUCAAUUAAAAAAACAGUUAAACAAAACUACAGCUAAACCAAAAGUCCUCAAGAAGCAAGUGAAGAAAAAAGCUAAAAAUAGAAAAAUUAUCAAAAUUCAUAUACCUCCAGUUAUAUCAGUUUCAAAUUUUGCGGCAAGUAUGAAUGUAACACUAAAUGAACUAUUUAAAAAAUUACAAGGAUUGGGAUUUGAGGAUAUUAGACAUAAUUAUAUGCUCGAUAAAGAAACUGCUGCAUUAGUCGCAGAUGAAUUUGAUAUUGAAAUAGAUACAAGUGAACAAUCAAAAGAUGAUAUAUUUCCAGAUAAAGUUAAUGAAUCAUUACUCACAGAAAGACCACCGGUAGUAACAAUUAUGGGUCAUGUCGAUCAUGGUAAAACUACAAUUUUAGAUUAUUUACGUAAGUCGUCAAUUGUAGAUAAAGAAUUUGGUGGUAUAACUCAACAUAUUGGUGCAUUUUCAGUAACAGCACCAAUUUCAAAAAAGAAGAUUACAUUUUUGGAUACUCCUGGACAUGCAGCAUUUCUAAAAAUGAGAGAAAGAGGUGCUGUAAUUACUGAUAUUGUUAUUUUGGUAGUUGCUGGUGAUGACUCAGUUAAACCACAAACUAUAGAAGCUAUAAAACAUGCUAAAAAAUCAGGUGUUCCAAUGAUUGUUGCUAUAAAUAAAUGUGAUAAAUAUGGUAUUAAAAUUGAUAAAGUAUUAAGUGAUUUAUCUGCUAAUGGUGUAGAAAUUGAAGAUUAUGGUGGUGACACUCAAACUGUACAAGUUUCAGGUAAAACAGGAUUAAACAUGGAUAAAUUAGAAGAAGCAGUAAUCACCCUUAGUGAAUUAAGUGAGUUUAAAGCUGAACCAAAAGGUGUUGCUGCUGAAGGUUGGAUUAUUGAAUCUGAAGUUGUUAAAGGUUUAGGUAAUGUAGCUACUGUAUUAGUACGUAGAGGUUCUUUGAAACCUGGAGAUUUUAUUGUAGCUGGUGAUACAUAUUGUAAAAUACGUGCCAUGAAGGAUGAAUUUAAUAAACCAGUUAAAUUAGCAACACCAUCUACACCAGUUCAGAUUAUGGGAUGGAAAACAUUACCAAAUAGUGGUGAGUCAAUAAUACAAGCUAAAAAUGAACAACUGGCUAAAAAAUGUAUUGAUUAUAGAAUUGCCAAAUUUCAAGAAAUUCAAUCAAUCAGACAUAUUGAAGAUAUAAAUAAACAAAGAGCAGAAGAAAUUGAAAAUGCUAAAAAACAAGAGAAAAUAAAUGCAUUGAAAGCAGCUGGUUUAGAUACAACAGAAUUGGAAAAUAAAAAAGAGGAUUUAGUUAAAAAAUGUUCAUAUAUUAUAAAAUCCGAUGUUUUUGGUUCUGCUGAAGCUAUUAAAGAAAGUAUUGAUGGUUUGGGUAAUGAAGAAGUUAAAUCAGUAGUUAUAAAUCAUGAAGCUGGGCCUCCAAGUGAAGGUGAUGUUGAAUUGGCUAAAACUUUUAAUGCUAAAAUUUUCUGUUUCAAUGUUAAAGUACCUAGAAAUAUUCAAAUGAAAGCAGAUAAAGAUAAAGUUGAAAUAGUUGAACAUAACAUUAUCUAUAGAUUGAUCGAAGAAGUAACUGAUGAUUUAUGUUCACAUUUGGCUCCAAGAAUAGAAACUAAAAUUACAGGAGAAGUAGACAUAAAGGAUGUUUUUACAAUCACUGCACAUCAACAAAAGGUUAAAGUUGCAGGAUGUAAAGUUGCCACUGGGUUAAUUACACGUAAUUCAAAUGUUAAAGUUCUAAGAAAACGUCAAGAGAUAUAUAAAGGUACAUUAUCAUCAUUAAAAUAUAUCAAAGAUGAUAUUUCAGAAGCUAAAAAAGGUAAUGAAUGUGGUUUAAUGUUUUCAAAAUGGUCAGAUUUUGAAUCUGGUGAUAAGAUACAAGUUUAUGAAGAAAUAGAACAUAAAAGAUUCUUGUAA